AAUAAAUAAUAAAAAAAAAGAAAAAAAAAGAAAUAAGAAAAAAAAAGAAAGAAAGAAAUGAUCAGCAGGAUGAAUACAGAGAGGCCUGAAAGAAGCAGAACAGGGAAUACAUUGUACACAAUAACAGCAAGAAUGUGUGAUCAUCAACUAGGAGAAACCCCAAUAGACUUUGGACAGAAAAUACUAUCCGCAUCCAGAAAAAGAAUGAUGAAGAUUGAAUGUAAAUCAACACACAUUAUGUUCACGUCUUUUUUUUUUUUUUCUCUCUUCUAUGGGUUUCUUCCUUUUGCUCUGAUUCCUCUCUCCCAACAUGAUUCAUAAAGCAAAAGCAAAAAGUAAAUUAAAAAUUUUUAAAAAGAAGCAAUACAAGGACACUCUCAGUGUAUCUCUGAAGAACUCUGGAAUCAGGACACACGGCACAGGACCGCCCAGCAUGGAGUGCCUCUAUCAAGGAAGGAUUGCCUAUAUCUCUAUGAGCAAAGCAGAAUUGUAGUAGCUCAAAAAGUAAACAAGCAAACAAAGCAUGAGAUGAGGAAGGUUAGAGACAGCUCCUUUUCUAAAGUUCACGGAGAAUUUGCGCUCCGCGUGUGGUAGAGCCUUCCGAGUUUGUAUUGGUCUGAUCCGCCACAGUUGGACACAACUGUUCCCUGACCCCAACAUAGUGAUACCAUUUUGGUUCUCUUUCAAACCAAGGACAACUGACCACAGUCAACAUCUCUACUUUACAGAUGGGGAAACUGAGACUAAAUGAAUUGGAUAGGGUGAUAGAUGGCCAGUGUGUUUGGCAGGAUUCAAAUCCAGAUCUUCCAACUAUAUAGCAUUCUCUCCACUACCGCAAACUGCCUGUUUAUACUGCUUCAAAUAUAUUUCAUAUUAAAAAUUAAAUAUUAAGUAUAUUUCAAAUAUAUAUACAUAUUUCAUAUAUAUUUAUAUUGCUUCAAAGCUUUCUUUUUUUUUUUUUAAAUAACUUUUUAUUGACAGAAUCCAUGCCAGGGUAAUUUUUUACAACAUUAUCCCUUGCACUCGCUUCUGUUCCGAUUUUUCCCCUCUCCCCCUCUCCCCCUCCCCCAGAUGGCAAGCAGUCCUAUACAUGUUAAAUAGGUUACAGUAUAUCCUAGAUACAAUAUAUGUGUGCAUGCUUCAAAGCUUUCAAAGCAGUUUACAGAGAUCUUUCGGGACUCUCCCCAAGCGGUCUUCUCCCCUCAGAUGUGAUCUAGUUUCGAGGAGGCACAAUUCUGCUGCAAGCUGGAGUAUAGCAUUCCUGUGGGGGGAGGCUACAGUGAUCAUUAGUCCCAUUUCUCAGAUGAAAACACUGAGGGUCACAAAGGACUGUCUUGGAUCAUACGGUUAAGUGUCAGAGACAGGAGGAUUUCCAUUCUGUCAUCCCCGCAAGCUGAUCCCUUGGGUAUUCCUGAAAUUAACCCCUAAACCCAAAGAGCUCCUUGGAGUUCAAUCCUGGGUACCAGUUCCAAAAAAAAAAAAAAAAGCCCAGGUUCAGGGAGCGCGCACGUAGGGGCGAGGCGCGCACGUGGGGAUGAAGGCGGACGAGUGCACAGAGCGAUGGGGCAAAAGCGCACUGGAGCGACCUCGUGAGAAAGGCUAAGGCAAAGCGAUCUGGGGAGGGAGGGAGGAAAUCCUCCAGCCACGAGGGGGCGCCCGUGACCAACACAGACCUAGUGCUUUGGUAAUGUGAGCCCGGCUGGAAGCUCACGCUUCAGGUCUGGAGUUCCGGGAUCUUGGUGGCGGAGGAGGGAUCCAGGAAAAGAAGUACCGAGCCGGAGGAGAGAGCUUCCCCCUCCCCUUCCCUCUGAGGGGUAGCCAGAAUGGAGAGGCUUUUGAUAAAACUGUGUGAUUCCAGCCCGGACAAGCCAUUCCCACUCUGGGAAUCAGGCACAGUGGGACACUGCUUUACCCAGCUGGUGAUCAAUUCCCUGGCUCAUGUACUCCUUGCCCUAAUCAGCGCGUGCUACCUGGGCACUCCGAGGUAUCCAGGCUCUCUUCCAUCUCGUAGCCCAGGUUGGCGCCUUCGACUUGUUGUCUCCUUCCUGUUGUCAAUCCUUCCAUUAUUGGAUCUGUUCCCAGCUGCUAUCCCUUCAAAUGCAGUCCCUGGUCCCUUGGCAUUAGAGGUGUUGGCAGGAGGUGUCACAGCGAUUGCCUGGAUCACUCACUGCUUGGCACUCCGGGCAUUGGCUCAUUCCCACCGAAGACUUUCUCGUGGGCCUCUGAUUUUGGCUCUGACGGCCCUCAUGCCUGCCCCGGGCAUGGUGCUGACCCUGCUGUGGCACUGUCAGCACGGGACCCUCCUGACCCCACUGCAGCUAGCACCUCUCUUCCGAUUCUGCUUUGUAAUAUUGCAGCUGACCAUGCUUCUGGCCUAUUUGCUGGGGUGGGCAGUGCCUGGGGGCCAGACACACCUGUCUUGGGCCUCUGACGACCUCCUGCCUGAGCCACAGAGGCCAGAGGUGGCCGAGGAUGGGGAAAGCUGGCUCUCACGCUUCUUCUAUCUGUGGCUGGCCCCUUUGUUGGCCCGGGGGGCCCGGGGACAACUCCGCCAACCUCAGGACACUUGUUUGCUGCCCUACAGGCUGCAGACAGCCUGUCUCGCCCGCCUCUUCAGGGCACAUUGGAGGGAGCGGGCCAAGCUGUGGCUAGUCCUGUAUGGAGCUUUUGGGCAACGCUACCUCGCAUUGGGACUCUUGAAGUUGGCAGGGACCCUUCUGGGCUUCUCUGGUCCUCUGCUCCUUUCACUACUGGUUGGUUUCCUGGAGAAUGAACAGGAGCCACUGAGUCAAGGAAUACUCUACACAGUGGGACUUGCAGGCGGGGCAGUUCUGGGUGCUUUGCUGCAGAACCAGUAUGGGUAUGAAUUGAAGAAGGUGGCCUUGCAAAUUCGAGGAGCUGUGCUGGGAGCCAUAUACCAUAAGACCCUCCAUCUAGGGCCAAGUCGCCCCUCUGUGGGCGAAGCACUGAACCUUCUGGGCACUGAUUCUGAGCGGCUGCUUAACUUUGCUAACAGUUUCCAUGAGGCGUGGGGCCUGCCCUUACAGUUGUCCAUCACCCUUUACCUGCUCUAUCAGCAGGUAGGCCUAGCCUUCCUAGGUGGGCUGGGCCUGGCAUUGCUUCUGGUGCCUCUUAACAAAGUGAUUGCUACCCGCAUCAUGGUCAAGAACAAGUCUAUGCUCCAGCACAAGGAUGCUCGAGUCAAGCUCAUGACAGAAUUGCUCCGCGGCAUUCGGGUCAUCAAGUUCUGUGGCUGGGAGCAAACUCUUGGCUUUCGAGUGCAGAAACACCGUGCCCAGGAACUUCAGCAGCUCCGCGUUAUCAAGUACCUGGAUGCAGCUUGUGUGUACCUGUGGGCUGCACUACCUGUUGUCAUCUCCAUUGUCAUCUUUAUCACCUAUGUCCUCAUGGGCCAUCAGCUUACUGCUACUAAGGUAUUCACAGCAUUGGCACUGGUUGGUAUGCUCAUCCUCCCCCUCAACAAUUUCCCCUGGGUGAUCAACGGGCUUCUGGAGGCCAAGGUAUCUCUGGAGCGCCUACAGCACUUCCUCGAUCUCCCAGACCAUAAUCCUCAGGCCUACUACAGUCCAGAUCCCCCCACAGAACCAGGAAUAGUAUUGGAGCUCCAAGAAGCCAUAUUCUCCUGGGACCCCAUUGGAACAGGCCUGGACACCUUCAUCACUCACCUCAAAGUGAAGAAGGGUUCGUUGGUGGGCAUUGUGGGAAAGGUGGGCUGUGGAAAGAGCUCUCUACUGGCCGCUAUCUCUGGGGAGCUCCACAGGUUGAGUGGUCAGAUUGCUGUGGCUGGGCUGCUUGAAGGCUUUGGUCUGGCCACCCAGGAACCUUGGAUCCAGUUUGCCACCAUUCGGGACAACAUCCUUUUUGGAAAAGCAUUCGAUGCUCAUCUCUAUUGGAAGGUGUUGGAGGCCUGUGCUCUCCACGAUGAUCUUUCCAUCCUUCCUGAUGGAGACCUGACAGAAGUGGGAGAGAAAGGUGUAACCCUCAGUGGUGGACAGAGGGCCCGCAUUGCCCUUGCUCGAGCUGUCUACCAGGAGAACAAGUUCUACCUCCUGGAUGAUCCCCUUGCUGCUGUGGAUGCUGAUGUGGCCAACCACUUGCUGCAUAAGUGUAUUCUGGGCAUCCUGGGACACACCACCCGGCUGCUCUGUACCCACCGGGUAGAAUAUCUGGAGAAGGCUGACGUGGUGCUGCUGCUCAAGGGUGGGCGCAUCAUCCAAGCAGGACCACCCUCUGAGAUUCUACCGCUGGUACAAGCUACCCCCAAUGCCCAGUCCGAGGAUGAACAGAAGACUGAGUCAGCAGUAGCCUCAGAGGCAUGGAAGCCAGAGAAAGAGAGUGAGGAACCCAAGGAUCUGGGCCCAAAUGCCAGCCGCCUGCUCCAGGAGGAAGGAAAGAAGGAAGGGGCUGUGGCCUUCCAGGUGUACCAGGCUUACUGGAAAGCUAUAGGUGGGGGUCUCUCCCUGGCUAUCAUCUUCUUCUUACUCCUCAUGCAAGGGACCCGGAAUGCUGCUGACUGGUGGCUCUCUCAUUGGAUCUCCCAGCUGAAGAGAGCUGAGAAUGGCUCCCAAGAGCUGUGGCACCUCACCAGCCAAGCGCCCUCAGUGCUCUCCCCACAGCUACUUCUCUUCUCUCCUGGAGGCCUCUUUGUCCCCGUGGCCCCGUGGCCCAAAGCCACCCCAAAUAGCUCCCUGAAUGUGCAGUACUACUUGACCGUAUAUGGAGCCAUUGCCGGUGCCAAUUCAAUCUGUACCCUCCUGCGGGCAAUACUCUUUGCCGCUGGCAUCCUGCAGGCAGCAUCCACCCUACAUCAACGUCUGCUGAACCGUGUCCUCAGGGCACCUGUGACGUUCUUCGAUUGCACCCCGACGGGCCGCAUCCUGAACCGCUUCUCCUCUGACGUGGCCUGCGCCGACGACAGCCUGCCCUUCGUUCUCAACAUCGUGCUGGCCCAGGCAGCGGGCCUGCUGGGGCUGCUGGUCAUCCUGGGCUCGGGGCUGCCCUGGCUGCUGCUGCUGCUGCCGCCCCUGGGCGCCCUCUACUACUCGGUACAGCGCCACUACCGCGCCUCCUCCAGGGAGCUGCGCCGCCUGGGCAGCCUCACCCUCUCCCCGCUCUACACUCACCUGUCCGAGAGCCUGGCCGGCCUCAGCGUCAUCCGGGCCGUACGGGCCGCCUGCAGAUUUGAAGAAGAGAAUGAGAAACUACUGGAGCUCAACCAGCGCUGCCAGUUUGCUGCCCAUGCCUGCCUGCAGUGGCUGGACAUACGGCUGCAGCUCAUGGGUGCCACUGUGGUCAGCGCCAUUGCCGUCAUUGCCCUCAUCCAGCAUUACCAACACCUCGCUGACCCAGGACUGGUAGGCCUGUCACUGUCCUAUGCCUUGUCACUGACUGGCCUUCUCUCAGGCCUAGUGAACAGCUUCACGCAAACGGAAGCCAUGAUGGUGAGCGUGGAGCGGCUGGAAGAAUAUUCAUGUGACCUGCCCAAUGAGCCCCAAGGCCAGAAGAUACAGGUAGGAGUGAACUGGCUGUCACAAGGACACGUGGAGUUCCGGGAUGUGGUGUUGGCUUACCGACCUGGGUUGCCCAAUGCCUUGGAUGGAGUCACUUUCAACAUACUGCCUGGUGAGAAGAUAGGCAUUGUGGGCCGGACGGGUUCCGGAAAGUCCUCCCUGCUGUUGGUGUUGUUUCGGUUGGUGGAGCCCAGCGCUGGGCGUAUACUCCUGGACGGCGUGGACACCAGCUUGCUGGGCUUAUCAGCUCUCAGGUCCCAACUGGCCAUCAUCCCCCAGGAGCCCUUUUUGUUCAGUGGCACAGUCCGAGAAAACCUGGACCCUCUGGGCCGCCAUGAGGAUGAGGAGCUGUGGCAGGCCUUGGAAGAGUGCCACCUAAGUGAGGUGAUCGCUCCCCUGGGCGGUCUGGAUGGUGAGCUGAGUGAGGGGGGACGGAGCUUGUCCCUGGGGCAGAGGCAGCUACUGUGUUUGGCCAGAGCUCUCCUUACAGAUGCCAAGAUCCUGUGCAUUGAUGAGGCCACAGCUAGUGUGGACCAGAAGACAGACCAGCUGCUCCAACAGACAAUCUGCAAUCGUUUUGCUAAUAAGACUGUUCUGACCAUUGCACACAGGCUCAACACGAUCCUGAAUUCAGACCGGGUGCUGGUGUUGCAGGCAGGAAGGGUGGCCGAGCUGGACACCCCCGCUGCCCUGAGGAGUCAGCCCUACUCCUUGUUCCAGCAGCUGCUGCAGAGCAGUCAAUGAUGGCCCUGCCUCCUCUGAGCCUCAGCGUUGUUGGUUCCCUCUUCCUCACUCGUCCUCGACUCUCUCUCUAUAUGGGAGGGCUUAGGGCUUUUAUUCUCAGGUGGUGAACAGAUGUUUAUUCUCCCCCUCCUCUCUUGGGCCAUCUGGACCUGGGGGGCCCCAGACCCUCCUUCACCAAGCAUCCCUGCCUGGGCACCUCAGGAUGCUCUCUUUGAUAUCAGUCCUCCUUUGUGAGCUGCUGGUACCGGAGGAGAGUUCUGACUGGGCCAGGACUAGAACUUUAGAUGUGGGGCUCCAGGCUGGCCACACUUGGGGCCAGGAGCUACGGGAGCACAAGCUAUUACUCACUGUCAUUUUUGGUAAUUUUAUUUGAUAAAACUUCUCUUGAACAA